AUGGACGACAGUUUGCUGUGCGACGAAGUUUUGGAUUUCAGUGCCCUGAGCGCUGCCGCCUCGCCGCCGCCAGCAGCGGCGGAGCAACGGCCUAGGUUCGUCUGCUCUACGGCGGCCGCCGCCAGAAAUGACUUUGAAGAGGCCGUUGGGUUCCUUGUGGAGAAGGAGAUGCGUUACAUGCCCAAACCGGGUUAUGUGAACCACCUUCAAUCCAACACUUUGAUUUACCAUGCUAGGUAUAAAGCUAUUAGGUGGAUCAUUCAGGCUCAAAAGAGGUUGAAUAAUGUAUCCCUGGAAAGUGUAUUUUAUGCUGCGAAUUACCUUGAUCGCUUCAUCUCAUUGGACAAAUGCCAAGGAUGGAGUUGUUGUACGUUUGACUUGCUCUCACUUGCAUGCUUGUACGUGGCUUCAAAGUUCAAUGAAACAAACCCUCCUUCUCUGCCUGCAUUACAGAUGGAGGGUGUAGGGCAUCCCCCAUUUGGAUCUAACAUGAUCGUUCAGAUGGAGAUGAAGCUUCUGCAAGCUCUGGAAUGGAAACUGUUGUCCACAACUACUUACUCUUACCUGCAACUCACCAUGGAAACCCUACAAGAUGAGUUCAACACACGCGCUACCCACAUGCUCCUUCAAACACUUUUAGAUCCAAAAUUUGUAGAGUUCCGGCCUAGUUUGGUGGCAGAAUCCGUAGUCCGGUUCACCCUGGAUCCCCAGGAGAAGGACAAGCAGUAUUUCAGCGCUCUCAUUCCUCAAGUUGAAAAGGAUGAUAUAAUGAAGAAGAUCCAUGAGAUGAUGGAGAAGGGAGAAGAAGAAGAAGAAGAAGCGGAGACAUGGGAGAAGAAGGAAGAAGAUGAGCAGUAUUAUUGUUGCAGUGGUGAUUGUCCAACCUUGAAACUUGAAGACUUGAACAUUAUUGAUGAUGGAUCAACCAGAAAGAGGAAGAGAUGA